CUUCGCCGCGGUGGCGGCCGGGAUUCUGGCGGAGCCUACUGGAGGUGGCGUGGGGGAGGAGGGGACGGAGGAUGGCUGGAGCUGCCGGCGUCCGCGGCGGGAGCUGCAAGAACAGCGGUCGUCUACAAAGGGAAUGACGGGGCACUUGGGGCGAUAGAGAGCCCGCGUCCUGUCUCUGGCCCAGAAUGGCUGGUCUCAUCAAGAAGCAGAUUCUGAAGCACCUGUCCAGGUUUACAAAGAAUCUCUCCCCUGAUAAAAUCAACUUGAGCACCCUCAAAGGGCAGGGACAGUUGACUAAUCUAGAACUGGAUGAAGAGGUUCUGCAGAAUUUGCUGGAUCUGCCCACCUGGCUAGCCAUUACUCGAGUUUUUUGCAAUAAGGCCUCCAUUAGGAUCCAGUGGACUAAGUUGAAGACUCAUCCAAUCUGUCUGCUCCUUCCAUGUACUUUCAUACCACUUCUCCAUGUUUUUCUCUUUGUUGUUUCAAAGUAUUUGGAUAAAGUUGAAGUGGAGAUGCGAACAUGUGAAGAGCCCAGGCCACCCAACGGACAGUCUCCCAUUGCUGUUGCUUCAGGACAGAGUGAAUAUGGGUUUGCAGAGAAGGUCGUGGAAGGCAUGUACAUUACUGUCAAUUCAAUUACCAUCAAGAUACACUCCAAGGCCUUCCAUGCAUCAUUUGAGUUAUGGCAGCUUCAAGGAUAUAGUGUCAACCCGACCUGGCAGCAAAGUGAUCUUCGCUUUACCCGAAUCACCGAUUCACAUAAGGGAGAGGUUUUAACAUUUAAAGAACUCACCUGGCAGACUCUUCGAAUAGAAGCUGAUGCUACAGAAAAUGGAGAACAAGAUCCCCUCACUACCCCUCUAAGACUUAUUACUAACCAGGGCAAAAUCCAAAUAUCGCUUAAGAGAAAGACAAAGGAUUGCAAUGUGGUGGCAUCUAAGCUCAUGUUCCUUCUUGAUGACUUGUUGUGGGUACUAACUGACUCCCAGCUUAAGGCAAUGAUGAAAUAUGCAGAGUCCUUGAGUGAAGCCAUGGAGAAAUCAGCUCAGCAGAGAAAAAGUUUGGCUCCUGAACCUGUCCAAACUACACCUCCUAUUCCCAGUACCCAACAGACUUGGCCCCAGUCAUUCGGCAGCACCCAUAAAGCAAUCAGCCAGUAUUUUGAGUUGUAUGAUAUGAAAGAGUCUUCCUAUCACCUUCUUAUUUCCCGUCUGGACCUUCACAUCUGUGAUGAUAGCCACACUCGAGAAACAGGUGCUUCCAACCAUGGUAUAAUGGGAGGUGCAAUGCAAUUAACUUUUAGGAGGAUGGGCUUCGACUAUUAUCCUUUCCACUGGGCAGGAGAUAGCUGCAGACAUUGGGUGCGAUAUUGCGAUGCCAUGGAGACCUGGGUACAUUGGGCAAAAAAACUAGUGAAUGAAUUCCAAAACAAGAUGGGAAAAUAUAGUGAAGAAAUAAGUUCUGCCUGCUUUAAAACUGGAGAGAAGGAAUCUCCCUUGAAAAAGAGACAAGAUGCUGUUUCAAGUUCUCCAAAAAGCUCUACAGAGAAAGGGUUACAUCCAGCCAGCACUCCCCCUCAUGCCUUGCUAGGACUCCAACGACCUGCAUGGAAUAGACUCCGAUCCAGUUGCCUGGUUGUUCGAGUUGACGAUCUGGAUAUUCAUCAGGUUUCUACAGCUGGACAGCAGAGUAAAAAACCUUCAACAUUGCUUUCAUGUAGAAGGAAAUUAUUGAAUCUUCCUGAACAUACGUCAGCAAUCCAUCUAGUAUUCACGGAGUACUAUUUUCCAGACCACACUACUUUUCCAGUCCCAUGUCCAAACUUGUACUUGCAGAUGAAUGGUUUGGUUUUCACUUUGGACACACGGAGCAUACUUUGGGUGAAUUUAUUCUGCCUUGAUCUCUAUCGCAGUCUACAACAGUUUAAAGCUAUAUACAAGCUGGAGAGCUCUGGAAAAAGAGAGGAACACAUUGAUAUUAGAUUGGAUGGCUUUAUGUUAAAGGUAAACAUCCCAGUGGACAAAAAAGUAAUUGAUCACCAGGACCGUCCCCAGGGUCUCUCCAUUUCCACAUCAGAAGUGACAGCUACUAAUACAAGGCAUGCACCUCAUUGCAGCUGUCUAGCCCUGCAGAACCUGUUCCGCAGAUUUGCUGCUUCUGAAUUCUUCCAUUCUAGCUAUACCAAAUUUCCUAAAUUUCAGGACAACUUUAGUCUCUUGCAUACUCUAUUUCUACGUCAUGCAUACCAAGUGGAUACUGGUGUCCAGCAACACAGAGAUUUCUGUCAUUUUCCUGGCAAAUCUUCCAUUUUUGAAGAUCUUUGGUCUGUUAAUUUUACCCAGGUGUCCUUAGAUUUUGAAGGGACCAAAAAUUCCAAAGGAGAGGCCCUUAAUUUUAUCUAUCCUUUUCCACUCUCUGUGUGGGCUUGCCUCCCAAAGAAAUGGGAACAAGCCCAGGCAGCAAUGCUGAAAGUUCCAUCUACUUCAAAAGUUAAACUUAAAUCUUCCACUACUUUUAGUAAUCAUACCAAGAACCAGGACUUUUCCGGUAAGGAGCAAUUCUGCCAAAGAUCAAAGACUGAGCAGAAUUUGAGAAGCAUCUACCUUACCCCAGAGGCAAAGGAAGUCUUGGAAGAAAGUUGUACUGUUAAUGAUGAAGAAAACGAUCAGGAUAUGGAAAUAUCUGCUGACAUCCAUGUUCUUCUGUAUUCAAGUGCACAUGUGAAGGUGCAACUCAAUCAUUAUCAGUAUUUGAUGCUACUUAGGAUGACGGAAAUGCUACAGACUUUUAAAGAGCAAUUUACCCUAGACACCCAGGAAAUAACUGGGUCACCUUUAGAUUCCAUAACCACUUGUAUAGGAAUCAUGUUCAACAGUACUGAGAUGGCUUUCCUAAUGCAUCCUGUUCCUUAUUCUUCACUAGAGGCUAGAUCUGUAGAUUCAGAUACUACCAGUCUAGUUGAAUCUGAACUCUCACUUUCAGAGAGUAGGGAAAGACUAAUUGCUGAAAGCACAAUGCUGAAGUCAGAUGUUAGCUCCGAGAAGGAAAAUAGUAGUCCCAUAAAAAUGUUAGAAGAUACUGGAACUGAGAAUACAGAUAGGAAUAUGACUGCAUCGCAAACUGACGGAUCCUUGAAAGAAGAAGAAGUUCAUUGUCAAAUAACUGGACAGAGGAGCCCUAUAGAAGAAGCACAUGAAGCUGAAGAAAUCCCCGAUGCAGAGAAAGGGUAUGAGCAUGUCAGCCUGUCUAAGACAUCUGAAGUUCUUCCUUCCAGACCAUCUUCCAUUGUAGAUCCUUUAGGUGGUAUACAUGUCUCUCUUAAUGGGCAAGAAGAGUUGAUUCCAUUGAGAAACAUGGAGUUGGAAUUAUCUAGUGCAUUGCAUAUAACAAAAGGUGCAACCAAGGAAGCCUUGCAUGUUACUAUGGACCUCACUAAAGAAGCCAUAUCAAUAACAAAAGAUGCUUUCAGCUUGAGCAAGGAAAAAAUGGCUUCCACUAUGCAGAAAAUGCUAUUCUACCCCCAAAUCAACAGAGAUAUUUCACCAAAGCCUGAAGAAGGAGCAGUGACUCAAGUAGGAAGUAAUAGUGAAAAUACUCGUUUCUCCUCCAUGAAGAAGACUUCUUCACAACAUUCCUUUGAUACCAAUUCAUUAGAUGGCAGUGGUCUUGAAGAUAGACUGUCAGUAGAUAGUGAUGGCAGUGAUGGCUUUGUAAUGCUUAUGGAUGCAGAGCCCAGUCUUGAUCUUCUUACAUUAGGACAACUUCCCCAGAUCCUCAAUGAUAGAGACAUUAGAGCAAGCUCAGUGGGUGACGAAGAAAGAGGAUCAACCUGUGUUAACAGCUCAGCUUCUCUGAGUGGACAGGAUCCUAAUACUCAGUUGGUUUCUGUGCUGGUGUUAAAAAUGAAUGAAUUGAACUGUGUAAUAGAAUCAAAGGGAGAUAAUAUGAUACUUGCUCUUCAAGCUAUGGAACUAACUCCUGAGCAUGUAGGAAAUAUCAGUAUGUGGCAGUAUCUGCAGAAUGCUCCCACAGCAGAUCCAAACACAGAGAAGUCUACAACUACUGAAACUAUCCAAACCCAACCUGUGGUGUGCUUACGAUAUGAAAUUGGACCAAGUGCUGCAGUGCACUCACCCCUGGCUGUCCAAAAUGGAUUUUUUCAUAUGCUGAUCCAUAGCUAUGAGGCAGAACUUCUGACAUCAUCUCUUUCCAGCAUUGGACUCUUCUUUGAAGAUGAAGUCAUUCCUGAAGUUAUUCCCAUGAAGAUUGAGAUUGUGAAUACCAAGAUUACAUUAAAGGAUGACAGUCCUCGAGUAUAUCAUACCACUCCUGGUCCUGUGCCUAUAAUUUUAGCCAUGGACCACAUUGUUGUUCAUUGUAAAGAUGAUGGCAUGUUCUUUAUAACAGCUGCACAGAGAGAAGAAACUUCUGCCCUGAAAGCAAUCCAGAAAAAUCUUAAGGAACAGCGUAUUCCAGCAGAGAGAAUCUCUAUAGUUUCAGCAGGAAGUGAUGAUGAGCCAGAGUUGAAAGCAGCAUUCACUUUGGAACAAGAGUUACAGGACACUCGGAGAGCUCUUGCAGAAGCCAAUCAGGACAAAUUACGCUUAUUGCAGGAAAUCAAGAAAUACAAUCCUCUCUUCCAGCUUUGACAAAAAGACUUGAGCAAGAGAUGCUCAAAGCAUUCAGAACUUACUACCAGCAUUGAAAAGGUUUGCUAAAAGCGAAGCAGUUAAUUUGUUCGCCUUCAUUCAAGAGCUGCUACCUUGAAAACAGAAGCAGCAUGCCAUUACAGGAGAUGGAAGUGGAGAUGUAGCAAGAAAGCACAUGGGAAUAAGAUGAACGGGAGACUGGAUUUAGUAGCCCAGCUGUAUCUGGAAAAAUAUGAAACUGUACUCUAGCUAAAGCAUGGCACUAUUAUCAGUUGAAUAGUGAGACAAGAAAAAAAAUUACUCAUGAGUUAUCAUAAAGUGGUGCUAAUAAACAUGUUUCUUGCUAUGACCUGUUUCUUACAGAUAGCUGUUUGGGACAUGCUCACCCCAUUCUGCUUAGCUCAGGCCUAAUUAGACAAUUCUGCUAUAGCAACAUGAGUUUGAAAUAUGGACUGGAGAUACAGUUACAGACCCAGCACAAGAAAAAAAAAAGUGCUCGGAACAGAAAAUACAAAAUCCAUCAUCAUUGUUCUUAGAGAAAAGAAUUGAGGUGGCCAUAAUUUCUCAUGAAAUUAUAUUUUCCCUAGUCUCCUUUCUUUAUAAUACUGUAAUCUAUCAAUGCAGUAUUGGUACACUAACCUUCCUUGUGCUUAAGGUUCACCACCUCCAUUAAAAUGGAUUUACAGCCAUUUUGGAGUACAAUUUGAUGAGAAAGUGCCUGAUUAAACAUUUUAUCCUUAUUCAUGAAAAUAUAAAUAACUUUAUUUUCAUAACUAUAACUAAUAAUGUUGGAGAGGUUUGGAAAUGAGAUCUGUCAAGUCACAGGUCAUGUCAAUGGAACAAAAACUUUUUCUGGAAGAUGUGGAAUGCUGCUAGAAAUUGUUUUAGCUGCAGAAUGGUUGACCUUUUUGCUAUCACUUUUGUAUGAUAUUUGGAAUGAAAGAAAAACAAUUUGGCUCUAAAAUACACAAUAGCAAUUUUUAUGAAUGUUUCUAAAACUAGAAUGAUAUCUCCAAAGAAAUAUUAGAAAAGUUAUAUAUUGCUUCCCAAAAUAGUUAUGUAUCCAUAACUAUGCCAAAAUAAAACAGAAGCAAAUAGUUGCUAAUAAUCCUUCUAUAACAGACCAUAAGAUUUUCAAUUAAAGUUAUCCAUACCAUCCAACUAUAACAGAAAACUCUCAUGGAUUUUAAUCUAGAUUUUUAUGACUUAGUUUUGACCACGUAUUGAAUGCAUUUAAGUUUUAUUAUAACCUGCUGUAACUGCCAAUCAAAUAGAUAACUGGCAGAAUCUAAAGUGAACAAAUUUGGAAAGCAUAUCAAAGGCAAAGAUUCCUUUGUUUUGAAUUUAAUUCCUGUUGAUUAUUUGGGCAGAUAAAAUUCAAAAUCUGAAUUUAUCCUUGUGAAAGCAAUUAGGGUUAGGCCAGGUUCUAGCAGCAUUUCUCACUAAAAUGUAGUUUUAACUCUAAGCCUGAUGUUCUUACAUAGAAAAGAGUGACUUUUAAAAUAUGCUGAGUCUUAUUAUUAUAAAUAGAUAUAGAUACUCAAAGUUUAUUUAGACCAAGGCAUGAAGGAUAAUAGAAAUUAAUUAGUAUGAGUUGGUAGGUAUCAAAUUGAACAAAGUUUAUACUGUUUUACACAUUUGAAUCCAAGAAUGGAAAUGUGCUAUAGGCAUUACUGAGCUUACCUUUACUAAGCCAGCUCAAAAUUCACAAAAAAUAUGUGUAACAUUGUCAGUUGUCCAGAAUACUUAAUUGACUAUCUAGUAACAAAAUAAGAGAGGAAUAGGAAGAAAACAGACUGAUUUUGAAGCUCUGGCAUCUGUACUCAGAUAAAUCUUGAAACAUAAUACAGGUAAUCCUCGAAUUACGAAUGUAAUGGAGCCUGCCCAUUCCGUUCUUAACUCAAAAACUUGUGGGAGUGAAUCUUGUACCUUGAACGCAAUUCAUUCCCUACUUGUUAAGACACACGUGGCUCAUUAAGUGAACAUAAGGUAUCUCAGGGUGGGGAAGGCCAUGGAGGGCCUAGUGGAACAGGUCCCAAUGCCUUCCCGACCCACUAAGAUACCUCUUGCUUCCCUCUCCCUUCCUGCCGUGCGGGACUCACCUUGAAAAGAUCUUUUUUUCUGCCACAGCUCCUGCUGCCGCCCGAAUCUAAGGCUGGGGAGCGCUUACACAGGUCUCUGGAGGCUGGAUUCGGGUGUCUGAGGCCUUUUCCAGGCCGCUGCCACCCAGAAGUGAGGCCGGGAGACACUUCCGCAGCUCUCUGGAGGCCCGUUUCUGGGUGGCAGUGGCCUGGAAAAGGCCAACAACGCCUGGAUCAGGCUUACAGAAAGCUGUGGAAGCGUUCCCCGGGCUCAGAUCCAGGUGGUAGUGGCCUGGAAAAGGCCUCUGGCGCCUGGAUUGGGCCUACUGAGGGAUGCAGAAGAGUCCCCCGGCUUUGGUUCUGUUCUCAGUUGCAGAGAACAAAGGCCUAAAAUAGCAUGAGAUCACACAAGAUCAGUAGUGUGAGAUUUCGCGCCACUGAUCUCAUGUGAUCUUGCGUUACUUUAGGCCUUCAUUUUCUGUGAAUGCACCAAAAGCCUGGAGCAGCCAAGAAAGUGAAGGAUCACAAUCUUUGCAGGGUGAGUAUUGAAAAGACCUGAGGUGGGGUUGGGGAGGGAGGGAAUAACCAGGGUGAAUGUUGUAUCACUGUGGUCGCUCGUAAGGGUGAACAACUGCCAUGGUGCUGCAACAUUCGUAAUUUCGGGACUUGCUUUUAAGCACUAGGGGUCUCUUAUUGUGUAAUUUUGAACAUUCACUAAGGGAAUGCUCAUAACUCGGGGAUUACCUGUAUAGGAAAGGAUUGUGAAUUUUUAUAGCAAUUUUUCAAGCAGCAUCUUGUCAAAACAAUAUAAUGGAUCAGAGUGCAGUUAUUAUAUGUCCUUUAUAGAUGGCAUUUUCUGUUUUUUAAAAAAUGGAACAUGGUGAGGAUAACAAGCUUUAGUAAACAGCUGUUUGCUUGAUAUUAUCCAAUUUGUUUAUAAUAACAUGCUAAAUUUAGUUUAUGCACUACAGCUAAUCUUUGUCUAAUAAUUAUAGUUCUUAGUUGAAGCACCCACCUGUUACAGAAUGAUCUUUUUCUCAAAUUUCUGCUUUUCUGCCUGGAUUGCAAUAGAGCAGUCACGAUCUCAUUUUCACCAUGUGAAUUAUGAAGAACUUUUUUUAAAAAAAGCUUCUGCUUCUAAUAAUUUGUUAGCCUUUGGGGUUAUUUGUAGAAUUGCUGAACUCUAGGAAGUUUUGCAGCUGUGCUGUGCUUCUGUCGGUUUCUUUAAUUUAAUGGUAAUGUUUUUUGCUUAUAAGAUUGCAUGUAUUCUGGAUUUUGCCUGUUUGCUAUGUAAGGAACAGUUGUUGCUUUUACACUUUUCCUGUUAUCUCUGUUACAAUAUUCUAAACAAACCCAGGCCAUGCACUGGAGUAAACAUUAUUCUGUCUCUCCAUAUUGGAUAAUGCCCUUAUGGGACAGUCCUUCUUUAAUAUACUUGCAAAAGCACUCUUUAUCUAAAGAGUAGUGUGCUUUUGCAGAUGUAUAUGCCUAUUUUUUCUGAUGAAUAGAACAGUCUGUGACUAUAUGAAACUGCUGAUAACCAAAAUAACACAUGUAACUGUAUUUUCUGUCAACUUUGACAAGAAGUUUGUUAAUGAAUAUGUGGUUGUUUUUUUCUCUAGAUCUAAUUGUUGAAUAAUUGCCCAAAUAUGUUGGUUUAUUUGAACAAAUACAUGUGCACCCAAUUUUUUGAAAUUAGAAUGAGGCAAGUGUGAACAUUUACAUUCGGUGAAAUACACAUUCUGUUCACAAAGUAACUUUUCAUUUAGAAAUGCAGCAGGGUACAAAAAUCACAGUGUAUUUUAUUAUACUAUAUAGUCUCUGCAUUUUUGACUAAAAUAAUUUUAUGUCUUCCAAUAUAAAUUUGGUUUAAAAUAAGGCAAAAUGUAGAAACUGUAAACUGUAUACUGUGGCAAAUAAAUUGGUGUAGUAUGCUUGUUUCAGUUAAUAGAAACUACAGCUUAUUAGCCUGUUAUGGCAUGAAUGCCUCAGAUGCUUCCGCUAUGUUGAGAACAAUUAUUUAUCUAAACGUAACACGAGAAUAAGAGGAAAUCCAUUGAAGCUGAUAUUUGACUACAAAAAGUAUUUUAGUCUGGUUCUGUUUUUGAAGAUGUUUUCCUUCUAUGCUGUAUUUAUAUAUGUGAAGAACAAAACUCUUUAUAUAAUGUCAUAGCUGACAUAUCAAAAAAUUAAUUUUAAAGCUCUACACUAUAAGUCUGUAUAACUACUUCUGUAAUUUCAAACAGGAGAGUAUAUGGGAAUAGACAAUAUGUGGUACAAGUCUCACUUGAAAUCUAAGCCUUCAGUAUAUUGGAUCUCUUUCUCACACAAUAUGGUUUCCUCUUGACUAUACUGGUUCUGUGAACCACUUUUAAAAAAAUAUGUAUUAAAAUGCUUAACUUCUAUUUCCAUUUAUUUAUUUCUCAGGCUUAGGUUCCUAUCUUAGACUUUAUUUAUAUUUAUUAAUUUAUUUGUAUUGAUAAUUGCAAUUAAUAUACAUUGUGAACAUUUCUGAACUUUUCAAAAACACUUAAGGGCCUUAUUAAAAUGACAAGUUUUAAAAGUU